AAGGCUUUCUCGAGAAUCGACGGAUCGGUAGCAGAUCGUAUAAAAUGACGUGGACAGAAACUUUUUCAGCCUCCUCCACUUCAUUAAAAGUGUCCAUGGCUCUGGCUCCGAUACAGGCUCUAAUUUAUAUCAUCGGAUACUCAACCAACUACUGGGUGACAGCAAAAGUUACACCAGUAAACACUGGUUCCUUGGGGGAUGGAGAUAGCAUGUCCGGGCUGUUUAACAAGCUCGGAUUCGAAUCCUACAAAGGUUUAUGGGGAAGUAAUAUAUGUAUGCUGGGCCAGUACCAGACAAGUGAAUUCGGUUCCAUGCCAGACUGGCUACACGUGACGAGGAUGUUUGCAACGCUUGCUCUGAUCGGGUUCGUGGUGACCAUUGUUGGCGUGUUUGUCUGUCUGUUUGUGACACAGCUAUCACAGAGGCAGAUCCUACACAUUUUGACGUGUGUGGUGGCGACUUCAACAGCUGUCUGUGUGUUAAUAGCCGUGAUUAUUUACGGUACUCAGUACAACAAUCCGGAUCAACUGUUCCCGAUCCAGACAGACAAGGACAUAUUCUGGUCUUACGGUCUGUGCGUGGCGGCUCUAAUUUUAGACAUCAUCACCUCCAUCUUACUGGCCAUCAACGCUCAGAAGAAUCACAUGGUGUACUUCUCAUCUUACAUUAAUUUUCUCUUAUAAAAUAUCAGCUAGUUUUGUACUUCAAAUAACUUGUACCUUCUAUUAUAAUAUCAUCUAGUGGUGUAUUAUAAAUCCCAGUGUUCUUUUCUGUUAUAAUAAUAAUAAUAUAAUGCAUCAUCUAGCGAUGAACUUCAAAUCUUGCUGUACUUUUCUGUUAUAAUUAGGUCACCUUGUCACUAUUAGUAAAGUGACCUAUUACGAUCUGUUUUCGAACGUCGUCGUGCGUUAACAUUAGAACAUUUUCAGCUUUUUUGCUAAAAUACUAGACCAAAUUUGAUGUCUAGCCUCUAUAAGGGAAACUUGGUGUACAAGUAAUUGUUAAAAAUCUUCUUUUAUACGAGUGGGCACUCAGCGGAAAAAAAAAUAAAUGCAUGACUAUGAUGAGUAGUGAUGUCUCUACCACAAUUAUGAAAUUCAUGGUCCCUGGGUCAGGAUUAGCAGGCCUCAGGGCGGUGCCAAUAUGACCAUAUAUAGUGAAAAUGUAUUAAGUCUUUGAGAAAAACUAAACAAAUGAUCAUGAUGCCCAUGAACAUUUAUUGAAUCAUCUUAAAAAAUCAUUUUCUCUUCUUUCACAGUAAUGGUAGAUAAAUAGAACGUAUGAUUAUGAUGUCCAUGAAGCUUUUUACCUUCAAUGACAAUGACAAUGAACUUUAUUCUCAUAACUGAAUUUACAGUGUAGAGAAAAAACAUAUGUACAGUAUGUACAAACUACAAUAUAUAUAAUACAAGCAUGAUGAAGGGAUGACAGAUAUAAUUUAACCAAGAGAGCUAACUCUCUCAAAUAUAGUAUCUAAUAGUUUACUUAGUUUAUUUUUGUGACAUUAAACAGUUUUUCAAAUUUUACAACAUUUGGAUUUGUUAUGAAAUAUUUUGGUAAACAUCUAACCCUUGAAUUGGAUAUAUAUACAUCAGUACAUUUGAAAAGGUAGUGAAAUUCAUCCCCAAUUUCAUUGCAGGUACAUAGUUUACAAAUUCUGUUUUCUCUAGGAAUAUUAAACCAUCUACCUAUCUCAAUAGGUAAUUUAGCAUAACCAGUUCUAAAGUUACAAUAUUUCUUACAUAAUUGUGUUGGCAAAGUCAAUAAAUACUUUUCAAAAUCCAGUGAGUUUUAAAAAAUCCUAUAAUUUAAACCUUUUGGAGAAUUAUGUACCUCACUACUAAGUAUACCAUGAUUGCUUAAAUUGGUCUAAUAAAAUAUUGUAUACUUUAGAUUUUAACCAGGGUAUGUUUAUUGUGUUUUGAUACCAUAUAUAUGUCAAUCCACAUUGAUUUAAAGUUUAAUGUAUAUUGUGAAAUCCAUGGCGUCUGUGUCAGGGGUUUCAGGCCGUCAGAUGAAGUUUAUAUGGCCAUAUACUUAAAAUAAAUUAAAUCUUAGAAAACCGGUAUUCUUCUCUUCUCCCAUAUAUAGUUGAGAAAAACUAAAUGCAUGACAUAUAAAAGUAUGUACUAACAUUUUGAGUCAGGGGUUCAGACCCUUAGAAUGGGGCCAAAUGCAGAAAAAUGUAUUAAAUUUUAGAAAAUCCUCUGUACUUCCACAGUAGUUGAAGAUAAAUAGAAUACAUGGUUAUGAUGUUCAUGAGGCUUUCUACCUAAAUUGUAAAAUUCAUGGCUCCUGUAUCAGGGGUUUCAGACCCUAAGGCGGGGGGUCAUUAUUGCCUUAUAGAAAAAUGUGCAAAACUUGAUACUUUCCUCUGCACGUUUACAGUGGAGAGAGAUGAACUAAAUACAUUUGUUAUUAUGUCCUUUUCUUAUAUUGUGAAAUUCACUGCCCAUGGGAAAAGGGGUUAAGCAUUUUUAUUGGGGGAGAGAGGCAAACCUGGCCAUAAGGUGAACAUGUAUGUUUAAGGUCACGAGUCAUUCGGGUAACCUAUUGCCGUUCUCGUGCUUUGCAAUUCUACAUUAGGCUAUGGUACUCAGGUGACCGUAAAGGCCUAUGGGCCUCUUAUAUAUCAUCUAGUGGUGUACUUCAAAUAUCACUACUUUAAUUAUCUUUGAAAUUUAUUUUUAAUCAUAUUACCUUAUAAAAUCAUUGUACUUUUCUUUUAUACUGUUUUUUAUUCCAUUAAUAUCCAUCUACCUUAUGUGUGUAUUUAAAAACUAUUUUGGAUACGAUUAUUGUUAACAAUAACAUACUAUAUCACUUGUACUUGUUAGCUAUGUUUUGUUAUAUUUAUUCCCCGAUUCCUUUAUUUCAAUAAGGAUUCAAUGUCUAACGAAUAAAUUCUUCAAGUUAACUUUAAAAACUUUCACAACUCUAACAAGAACGUCGACACAUGUUUAAUUCCACGUACAUUGUAGUUCAUACUCCUACGGUUGACUCUAAUCCCCUAUAAUUAACAAUUGAGUUCAUAAUCAGUCUGCAGAAAUUUCACACCGAAUAACAAUAAACACC